GAGAGCUUUGGGAUUGCGCUUCAGAAGCUUCUUGAAACCCAUUCUUCCCCGAGCCGAUAUAUUUGCAGCAGCAGCAGAAGAAGAAAGCAAUUCGGCUCAUCACGAUGGCUCAAAGCCUCCAUACAACUUCAACACGCGACUUGAGCUCGCUCCAACCUUUAGCCUCUUUCUAUAGCCAGAACAGACGAAGAAUCGUCAAUGCUAUUCCUUCUCCAUUUUCCAGUUUUUCACGGUUGUCCACUAGGUGUGCUGUUCGUUUCCGGCCUUGCAUUGAUAUACACAAGGGGAAAGUGAAACAGAUUGUUGGGUCAACCCUUCUGGAUUCUAAGGAGGAUGGGUCGAUUCUCGUGACCAAUUUUGAAUCAGAUAAGUCAGCCGCUGUGUUUGCGAAUUUAUACAAAGAAGAUGGACUUGCAGGUGGUCAUGUCAUCAUGCUUGGAGCAGAUCCUUUGAGUAAAAGUGCAGCCAUCGAAGCAUUGCGUGCUUAUCCUGGCGGUUUGCAAGUUGGAGGCGGGAUCAAUUCUGAAAAUUCUUUGAGUUACAUACAGGAAGGAGCUUGCCAUGUCAUUGUCACAUCAUAUGUAUUCAGCAAUGGACAAAUGGAUCUUGAAAGGCUUAAAGACCUUGUUCGUGUUGUUGGAAAGCAGAGGCUUGUCUUGGACCUUAGCUGCAGAGGGAAGGAAGGCAAAUAUGCAAUUGUGACUGAUAGAUGGCAGAAGUUUACUGAUGUAUAUCUUGAUGGCAAAAUACUGGAGUUUCUAGCCAGCUAUGCAGACGAGUUUCUGGUCCAUGGUGUUGAUGUUGAAGGGAAAAAGCUGGGAAUUGAUGAUGAACUUGUGGCAUUGCUUGGGAAGCAAUCACCGAUUCCAGUGACUUAUGCUGGUGGUGUGACCGGAAUGGCUGAUCUCGAAAGGAUUAAGGAGGCAGGGAUGGGACGUGUGGAUGUUACCGUGGGCAGCGCUUUGGAUAUAUUUGGGGGCAACUUGGCUUACAAAGACGUUGUUGCUUGGCAUUCCCAGCAGGAGGCUUUUACAGUUUAGUUCCUUCAGUUGUUUCGUUUGCGUAUUCUUCGCUUCCGUGUUUAGCUUCUACGGUCUCAUAAGCUUUGUAUGCCAAGAGAAUUCGGUUGUAACUGACGAGAGAGAUCAUCCCCUCCCCACUCACUACUCUCUGUUCCUAAUCUAUCAAAAAUUAGUAAGUUGAAAGAGAUUAGUGUAGCAAGAUUUAGAAAAAAAAAAAACAAAUAGAAGAGAGAACUGUUGGGAAUGUAUGUAUGUAUGUAUGUAUUUAUAUAUUUACUCACACACUCCCUAACAAGUAAACUAGGUUAUCUAUCAAUGAAAAUUUUUUAUAAAAGUAAA